GAGAAAAAUUGGUGCAGCGAGAGCACACGACAUCGGGGCAGCAUGGGGCUGCCGUGAGCGUUGCCCAUAAACAGCACCCCCAAGGUGGCCGCCCGGGUGCCCAUAAAACGCAUCGAUGCCGAGACAACUCGGUGGCACAGCGAUGCGGCCCAGGCCGCGCGCCAACAGAUGCGCCACCCUGUGCUGGCUGCUGCUCGCCACCGCUUUCGGUGCGCUGCUGAGCAACUCGUGGGCCACCUUCCGCGAAUUAACAACGCACGAGCCCUGGGCGCGGCCGGCGCCGGCGCCGACGCCGCAACCCACAAUUCCUAUGACGCCGCAGCCGACGCCGGGCACGCAGGCCGCGGCGCUGCGCGCGAAAUUAGAUUGGGUGGCAUCAGCUAACACCGCGGCGGUGCGUUCAAGAGAUGCGGAGAUCGCGAGCCUGCGCGAAAAAGUAAGGUCGGCGCUCGCGAAGGCGAGUGAGCCAAAAGUCGACGACGCGGAACUCGCAAAGCUCCGCAAAGACAACGCGGAGCUCGGAAAGCUCCGCGACGAGCUCGCCGCGCUGAAGAGGAAACACGUCGACCGGAAAAAGAAGCAGCGCCACACUUCUAUAAAUGUGACGCGGCUCGCUCCGCGACUCUCGGAUAAAAAAUUGGGUUCUACAAAAUGCGCCCCGUCCACGAAAGCGAAGGAUUUGCGCGUGCUCGUCGCCGGGCUGAGCCGGAGCGGGUCGACGUGGCAAUUCAACGCAUUGAGGGAACUGGUUAAAGAAGCUUCGGGUGUGGAACCAUCAACAGCGCACGCCGACGCCGACUCCGCAUUGUUCGACGUUUGUUUGGCGACGCCGCCGUGCCUCCUGAAGACGCAUAGAUUUGUGCCCCGACUCCUCCCGAAGGUGGAUUUUGUGUUCAGCUCCCAUCGAGAUUUGAGGGAUGUCCUGUUAUCGAGCAUGCAGAUGUUCGGCUCGUGCCUCGGCUUCGGCCCCGAAGCGUUGCAUUCGCGAGAUCGCAAGUCGACGGCGGCGGCCCACGACGUCGCGCCGCGCUUCCAGCAGUACGCCAAGUGGGCGAGAUACGCGUGCUACGACAUGAGGUACGAGACGAUGUUUGCUGAUCGGAGCGGCGAGGUUUCUCGAUUAGCAAAGGCUUUGCAAAUAGAUAUUUCGAAAACGCAAGCUUCACAGAUCGUAAAAGCCGUGGAACAGCUCAAGAAGGCCACGUCCAACGGCACGUGGGACAGCACGUCCGGAUUUUCAUCGGAACACGUCCACGAAUCCACAAGCUCGCCAGGAGCGUUUUCCCGGGCGGAGACAUUAGUACAAGUAGCUCUCAAGCUGCCGUCGUGCCCCGUCGCGGCGGCCUUCGACUUCGUGGAUCGGGGUUUUGGAACGUGGCAAGGUGCUCACGGCUACGCGUCGAGAACUGGAGACGCCUACACCGCCUCGCUCACGGGCGACCGCUUUCCUAGGUUGGCCCACGUCUUCUUCUCUGAUACUAAGGGCGCCGCGGUGGCCUUGCUGAAAGCCAGGGACGCAGCUCGGACUCACGACGACGUGCACAUUUCUUUGGUCGAUGCUAUCGACGACGCGAGAAAGCGCUUCGACUACGCCUGCAAGGCCGACAAGGACUUGGCGUCUCUACUCAAAUGCGCCCCGCCGUCCUCGGACUACGUGUUCCUGGUCGCUCCUGGUGUUCAACUGAACGCGUCGACCUAUGCUUCACUGAGAGACAAAGUCGUCGACGAGCGCCGCCCCCUCGCAAAGGGCUGGGCCUUUGGUGCGAGUCAGAGGGUCGACGCGUUAUUAUUACCGUCGAGGUGGGCGUCCCUUUUAGAACCGAUGGUGGAGCUACGGGGCGAUCAUUUGGCCGUGCUCGCGACGGCCGCCGCGCAUCUUGGCAAAGUGGUUUAUGAUGAGGUCCUUCUAGGGUUAAUCAAUGAUGAGACAGUGGUACAAUCAUCAUCGAAGAAGCGCCUGGCGGCCGCGGAGGCUUCGACAAGGGGCAUGGGCCGACUCCUGAAGUCAAACCAUUUCGCAAGGUGCUGCUGUAGUACCGGACCGGCGCCCGCCGAAGUAUCUGGAGAGUGGCUCUGGGAUGCGGAACGUAUCGAGUUGGAGCGGUGCGGUUUAGCCCAUCUGCCUUUGUUGAAAAAGAGGGACGUGCAUGAGGUAGUAAAAACGUGGUGCGAGCACGCGGCGGUCGCCGUCGCCGCGAACUCGACCCUAAGAAGGAGGAACCGUGCCGUGCGCGUCGACGAGGCUUGUACCGUUAUACAACAUUCGGUGCCGUCGACGCGAGCCUGCGCCAAGGGUCAGAUCCAGGCGGGCGAGCCGUCGGGCGUUUUUGUCCAGGAGCCGCCGAGACGAAUUCUGCUCGUGAGAGACGCUCCCCUCAGACACCUCGAGGGCGCGGACGCGCGUAUUUUGCGCCUCGUCGAGUGGUUAUGCGGCCGGGGCCACCGGGUGACUCUGGCUACAAGAGGUAGAGCGUUGAAAUACGUGGGCAGCGGCGACCAGCCGCCGGCCUCGGCGAAGCUCUGGUUCCGAAGGCGACUUGAUUUAGAUGCCUGUUCGGUCGACGUGAAGACGGACGACGAGGGUCUGACGAGGGUGCUGGCACCUUCAGCAUUAGACGCGGCGGCUUUUGAUCUUGCGCUGCUGGAAGUAAAUUUUGACGUGAGAUUCGGAGAUAGACCGGCCGCACAUGUCGCCCUGGAGAGAUUUCGGGCAUCGCGGCGCCGCCCGAAGCUCGUCGCGUUGCUGUCUGAUUCGUUACAUUAUAGACAGGAGGUCGCGGCCGGCGCGCCGCGGGCGUCGGCGGCUGCCGUCUACGGGUACGAGCGGUUGCUGUACGCGCACCCGUCCGUCACCGCUGUUAUAGCUGGCGACGCGGCUUUAUUACCAUCCUUUCGCGCUCUACAAGUGCGCGCGCGGCCGAACGCGACGCAUCACCCGCCCGUCGUCUUCGCGUCGUACCGCACGGACGUGGACUCCGAGGGUCUGGUCGGCGGGGCGGACGCCCACAAGCACGUCGCGUCUUAUUCUUCAAGAAAGGAUGUGUUGGUGAUGCUCGGCCCGGGCCGCGGCCACAGGCAGGCCCUCUCGCAGCUUUUGGGGAGGUGGCGCGGCCGCAGGUUGGUCGUCACCGGUAAUGAUGAAUGGCGAGAAGUCGUGGAGGAGCACUGUGCUUCCGAAAGGGGCAUUGCGGCGGCUUCGGCGCCGGACGAACCGGAGCCGGCGUCGCUCGCCGCCUUGGCCGACGUGCGACGCGCGGCGCCGACGCCGCAGCCGACGCGCGGGGCGUGUUCCGUUUCCUAUGUUUCGUUGCCGCUGGUGGCGCUCGAGGGGCCGUCGCCGUUACAAGCUGCAAAGGCUGAACUUUCCAAGCUCAUGGCCGCGGCUUACGUUGUCAUCGCGCCGGCCGGCUCGACGGGCUGCUUCCUAGCUUUAGAGCAUGGCCUCCCCGUGGCCGCUCCGCUCAACUCCACGUGCGGCGGCCUCGUGGUCACCUGUGUGGAAAUCAAAAUUUUACGGCGGGUUCGCGCCGAAUCGUCGCGUCGACCUCCACGCCAUCGAUGCGACGUCACUGGUUGAUUUCCACGCAGGUGGUCACGACGGGCAACGGAGCGUCGCCUCUGACGUUCUUCGACGACAACGCCGAUUCGCUGACGAAGGCCCUGUCGUACGACGAGACGACCUGGGGCGUCGCGGCGCGCGCUGCUUUAGAAGUCUCGCUCAAGCUCGCGUCGUCGACGGACUGGCUGCGCGACGCGACGCUGCGAGGCCUGCUCAAAGGUUCGAACGGCGACGACGCGUGCGCGGCUUUGCACCCGGAGCCGUCGCCGAUCGACGCCGCGCUCGACGCGUCCCUGCUGGACGCGCUCCGGUCGGCGGUCCUCCUGGACGAUGUGAUGUAAUAACACAACAGUUUUAG